CAAAAUGCGAAGUCAAGUGAGGAACGUUCUCCAAAGGGCCUACAGCUCUGUAGCACCUAAAUACGAAGAAGUCCGAUUUCCAGUGCCUUGGGGACACAUUGCAGGUAAAUGGUGGGGUCCGCAAGAUAGACAACCUGUGAUCGCAAUGCACGGCUGGCAGGAAAACAGCAAUUCCUUCGACCCAUUGAUGAAAAUCCUGCCGCCAGACGUGAGCGUGCUCACCUUGGACAUGCCUGGCAAUGGGUUAUCAUCCAGAUUCCCAACUUACGGCACUUACCACUUGACGGAAGAUUUAUCGGCUCUGCGAGCUGUGCUCCUGCACCUUAAAUACAAGAAACCGAUUCGGUUUCUGUGCCACUCUUACUCCAGCGGCGUCGCAACCACUUACUCAGCUUCCUAUCCAACGGAGGUAGAGCGAGCACUGUUUAUCGACAUGGUCAAACCGUAUGCAAUGAAUCCUAAAACUCUGGCCAAUCAUGGCGGUCAGGCCUUGGACAAACUGAUCGAUUUCCAAUUAAACGAGAGCAAAAAAGAGGCCACUUUGGAAGAACACGCGGCCCAGUACCGAAAAGCACUGAUGAAAAGCAUGUCGAUGGAAAGCGCCAAACUGCUUAUGGAGCGGGCGACUGUCUUCAAUCCAGCCACCGGCCUUUACAUCGCCAACCGCGAUCCAAGAAUCAAAAUCGAAUUCUACUACAGUUUUCCAAACGAAUUUCUUUACGAAAUCAUCAAGAAGAUAAAGUGCAAAGUUUUGAUUGUCAUGGGGAGUAAAGGGUUGAUUUUUGAGUCACCGAAAAUCAUCAAAGUAGCGAAAGAUUUGAUGGAGAAGAGCACAGAUGUCGAAUACGUGGAAGUGGACGGAACACACCACGUUCACAUGGAUAAACCGCACCUGGUCGCGCCAUAUGUGCUCAGAUUCCUGUUUGAUAGAAAAGUCGAUAAUUAAUGUUUGUAUUUAAAUUUAAAUAAAA